AUGGCGUCCGCGUCGUUUCGUGACUCCAUGAAUUCCUUGGGAUGGACACUGGGCCAACCGGAUACUGCAUCUACCAAUCGAACAACCUCAAAGUCGGUAUUCGCGAGCAUUCAGUCACUUAACCCUUUUGCGGAUCGGGGUUAUGUUCAGCUUCCUGCACAAGAUGAUUCAGCUGCAUCUCUACCGGCUCCAACAAGGCGAGAGGAGGACGAAACAUGGUUUUCAUUAACUCGAUGGGACCGCAUGCUGAUAUUUGCUGGGUGUAUCGUUGGGGCUCUUGUGUGUUUCAGUAUUUGCAUAGGGCUCAUAUUAUUCCCUCUGAUGUUCAGGGCAAGGAAAUUUGCAGUUUUGUGGUCUGUGGGAUCCGUUCUCUUUCUCAUCUCCUGGGCUGUUCUCAUGGGGCCCAUGGCAUAUGUCAAGCAUUUAGCAUCGGGGCCUCGCCUUCCAUUCACUGGGGCCUAUUUCACGUCAAUUGGCCUAACUCUCUACUUUGCUAUCGGACUCCACUCCACGAUUCUCACCCUGAUCUCCUGCAUUUUCCAACUCAUUGCUCUCGUUUGGUAUCUCGUGAGCUAUUUCCCUAUGGGCAGCACUGGUUUGAGGCUCGCAGCGCGUGUUGGGGGAGGUAGGGUUGCGGCUUGGAGCUGCAGUUAUUGUUGUUCUGGCAUCACUUUCAUCGUGCUUUCAUUUCCUUUCCUUAUGUUCCCUGUUUUCUGCUAG